CACUAAAAAUGUGUACGAGAAAUUACCGGUCGUGUGAUGAUUUCAUACAGGCAUUUUCUGUAGCCAGGCCCGGAUGAGGUCCUUCGACUAGACAUUGCCGCGGUGCAUCCUGGUUCCUUCCUUUCCAUCCCAGGCUCGCUUCUGCAAUCAUGGGAAAGUGUCGUGGUCUGCGCACAGCCAGGAAGCUCCGUAACCACCGCCGUGAGCAGAAAUGGCACGAUAAACAGUACAAGAAGGCUCAUCUGGGCACUGCCCUGAAGGCUAACCCCUUCGGAGGAGCCUCCCACGCCAAAGGCAUCGUCCUUGAGAAAGUUGGUGUUGAGGCUAAGCAGCCCAACUCUGCCAUCAGGAAGUGUGUGAGAGUUCAGCUCAUCAAGAACGGCAAGAAGAUCACCGCCUUCGUCCCCAAUGACGGUUGCCUCAACUUCAUCGAGGAGAACGAUGAGGUUCUGGUGGCAGGAUUUGGACGUAAAGGUCACGCCGUGGGUGACAUUCCUGGUGUACGUUUUAAGGUGGUCAAGGUGGCCAACGUGUCUCUGCUGGCACUCUACAAAGGCAAGAAGGAGAGACCAAGGUCAUAAACAGCUGAGGCAGAAAAUAAAAUAAACACAUUUUCAAUUACA